CUUUCAACGUAAUCACCUUCACCUUCAUUAAUCAAGUUUCUCUCUUAUUCAGACUCAGUUCCCAUCUUAAAAUGCCCAAGAAGGGAUCCACUCAUCCCGGUCGAUCACCAACCCCCUCAACUGACAGUGAACCCGACCUUAGAUCCUCCAAGAAGUCGUCGAAAAACAAUCAAUCAAAGCGCAGAAUCUCUUCACACCACAAAGGAAAACGUGGAUCACAUCGUCGAGACUCCAGCGAUGAAAAGGAGAAACGCAUACCAAAUCAAAACGACCUUGAGGCCGUGGAUACAAAGGAAAUAAAAGAGUUGAUUCACCCAAUACACCUUCAUCUUCGAAUACUCAUGCGUCGUCCUACUGCUACCAGCCCUAUCCCACCUCCACCGACUUCCUCCGAAAAGCUUGCCUUGGAGGAUCAGUACCGAGAGGCUGAAUACCCCAACCAUCUUGCACCCUUCCUUUUACCUCACAAUCCUUUGAAUCGGAUCAGCAAUCAAGUCAGCAAUACCUUCUAUCAAACCUUGUAGAUGAUGAUGCAACGAUGGGGUCUCAAACGCUUCACCUUCGAUUGGGACGGUAACUUUGACGAUGCGUUCAAUCAAAUUAGCUUGCAGUUCUUCCUCAAAAGCUUCGGACUCGCUGUCAAUACUCUUGAGUAUGGCCUCAGGCCACACAAAAAGUAUUCAAACACUAUCCAACUCGUGGCAAUUGUCUUUCGAG